AUGCUGCUGAUAUCACUCUGCUAGUCGCACACGCUUCGAACGUCAACACAACAAAGAGGGUAGAUUUACUCUUUUAACCCAUUUAAUAUUGCAUAAAUAUGACAAAUAGUGAGUUUAUUGGAGGAUGGCGUUUGUGAAGAGCGGAUGGCUGCACAGACAAAGCACCAUCUUGCGGCGCUGGAAGAGGAACUGGUUUGACCUCUGGUCAGAUGGACGUCUGGUCUUCUACGAUGACCAGCAGCGACGGGACAUGGAAGACGAGAUCCACAUGAAGGUGGACUGCAUUAACAUCCGCAAUGCCAGCGCAUGUAGAGAGCUCACGCCUCCUGAAGGCAAAAGCAAAGACUCCCUCCUGCAGAUCGUCUGCCGGGACGGUCGGGUCAUCAGCAUCUGCGCAGACAGUGCAGACGAUGCUUUGGCUUGGACCAUGGCACUUCAGGACGCCAGACUCAACACUAUUGUGCCGCCUCCUCAGGUCGGUUUUGCCGAGGACGUCGUAGCGUCAGCUCCUCCACCCUAUUCUGAAUUAAACACAACUCCACAGGUUUUCUAUCCUGAUGGAUAUGGCGGUUAUGUUCCUCAUCCUCCGCCUUAUGCCACACAGAUGGUCUAUUCCGCAGAUGGCCAGCAGUAUGCAGUUGCCUACCCGUAUCAUUAUCAAGGCGGAUACGCACCCGGCGUCAACCAGGUCAUAGUUCAGGAGCGCCGGCGUGACGACACAGGUGACGUUGCUCUGGGGAUGCUGGCCGGUGCUGCGACGGGAUUGGCCCUCGGCUCCCUGUUUUCCGUGUUCUAAUGUGUUUUUGUGAACCCAG